AUGGCUACUCCGAAUUUGCCGCAUUUCUUCACUUCCCUGAACAGCCCCUUGGUAACCCGAUCCGACGUCGUGCAAGCCUGCAAAUCACUAUUGACCCCUCUGUUGCCUUUCUUUUCGCCUGGGAGGACGAGGUUACGUCUCGGGGCUACGGCAACCCGUUACGAUGAAGCAGGUGCGCAGCUCGAAGGGUUCACACGACCCAUGUGGGCGCUAGGUGCCUUGCUGGCCGGUGGUGAGUCGUUUGAAGGCUCCAGGCUCUGGCUGGAGGGGAUAAGGAACGGCACGAAUCCUGAUCAUCCGGAGUUCUGGGGUUGGUCGAAGGAUAUGGAUCAGAGAAUGGUGGAAAUGUGUCCGCUCGGGUUCGCUCUCUGUGUUGCCCCAGAACACUUCUGGGAGCCGCUGAGUGAGAACGAGCGCGAGAAUGUUCGCAGGUGGCUAGAUAUCAACAAGAAAGAGAUGCCGAAUACAAACUGGCUGUGGUUUCGUGUCUUUGCCAAUCUCGCAUUGAUGAAGAAUGGGGCAGGGUAUGAUGCUGAACGACUCGAAGCUGACCUCGACCACCUUGAUACCUUCCACCUUUCUGGCGGCUGGAGCAACGACGGCCCACCUGACACCCUUCAGAUGGACUAUUACUCUGGCUCAUUCGCAAUUCAGUAUCUUCAGUUGCUGUACGCAAAGCUGAAUGGCGAUCAGGAUCCCAGAAGAGCAGGAGUGUACAAAGAACGGGCGAGGAUGUACGCGAAGGAUUUCCUCCACUACUUUGACGAGCAAGGGCGAGCAAUGACCUUUGGUCGGUCCCUUACCUAUCGCUUCGCGAUGGCCGGCUUCUGGGCGGCAGUCGCUUUUGCAGACCUCGACCUCGAGCCACCUCUCAGUUGGGGAGUGGUGAAAGGCAUCCUCCUGCGAAACCUACGAUACUGGUCUCAGCAAAAGGACAUCCUCAAUGGAGCCGGGAUUUUGACCAUUGGCUACGGGUAUCCCAACCAAUUUAUCUCCGAGAACUACAACUCGCCCGGCUCGACCUACUGGUUCAUGCUCUCGUUCGCCGCAUUAGCCUUACCAGAGUCUCAUGAAUUUUGGCGAUGCAAAGAAGAGCCAUAUCCCUCCGAAUCGAUACCGCAGGUUGUUGCACUAAAGCACCCCAAACACAUCGUGGCAAGAACAGGAGGACAUACCUUUCUACUGUCUUCAGGACAGAUGUGCCACUACCCCAUGAGAGCUGCAGAAAGCAAAUACGGAAAAUUUGCAUACAGCACAGCAUUUGGGUAUUCCGUCCCUACUGGCGGCUACUUUGUUGAAGCCAUAGGGGGUGAUAACGUCCUUGCAUUGUCCGACGAUCAAGGCGAGACGUGGAAAGUCCGCAGGAAACCGCUCAACGCAAAGCUGGAGAGCAUAGACGAAAGCCCGGUAUUGUUUUCUGAAUGGAAGCCAUGGGCAGGUGUCAAUAUUGAGACAUAUCUGCUGCUCCCUAACGAGACUGCACCAAACUGGCAUCUUCGGGUACAUCAUAUCACGACAGGCAGCAGGAGCCUGAAGACGAGCGAAGGCGCGUUUGCACUAAAUGGCGUGUCUCAAAAGGAUGAACGAGAGUUACAACAGAUGGAUACAGACCUAACCGAAGGAAGACAGGCAGACAACGGCGAAGCAGUGGUGGUGACCAGAGGCGGCGCUGUUGGUAUCAUUGAGUUGCACCACCACGAAGGUCGUGCCGGCCGGGUAUUGGACGAAGAUGCGAACAGUAACUUGAUGGAAAGCAGAUCAGUCCUGCCUAGCCUGGCGAUGGAUAUACCUGCGAAUGCAGAUCUUUGGAUAGCGACUGGCGUUUUCGCUAUGCCCUCAAGCGUUCCGGACUAUCGCAAGAAAUGGCAACAGAGCUGGAUGCAGCGACCACAUAUCCCAGACUGGUUGAGGAGCAGAAUGGUCUAG